CCCAUUAAGCCUCUGUUGCCUGUUGGCCUCGCUUCCUACUGGAGCGCAUCCGCGAACCGAGGGUUUCUCUUGUCUUGCGUAGCUGCCUCUCGACGCCGCGAUCCUGCUGAUUCCGGGGUUUCCUACGCGAUUCGAGAUGGGGGAUGGGGAAGAGACUGGCUGCGGUGAUGGCGCGACCACCGCGGCGAGGGCGGGGGCGCCGCUGAGGGAUAUACGUCGGUACAAGUGCGAGUUCUGCGGCGUGGUUCGGUCCAAGAAGAGUUUGAUCCGCGCCCAUGUCCUCCAGAACCAUAAGGAUGAAGUGGAUGGUCUGGAGGAUUACCAGGAAGGUGGAGAUGGUGCUUCGCGCAAGGUCAGCCAUGACUGCAAGGAGUGUGGCAUGAGGUUCAAGAAGCCAUCCCAUCUGAAGCAGCAUAUGCAGAGCCAUUCACUCGAGAGACCCUUUGCUUGCCAUGUCGAUGGUUGCCCCUUAAGUUAUAGCAGGAAGGACCAUUUGAACAGACAUCUACUUACUCAUCAAGGGAAACUAUUUGUGUGCCCCAUCGAAGGAUGCGACCGUAAGUUCAAUAUUAAGGGUAAUAUGCAGAGACAUGUUCAGGAAAUGCAUAAAGAUGGUUCUCCUUGUGAAAGCAAGAAGGAAUUCAUUUGUCCGGAGGUUAACUGUGGGAAGACUUUCAAAUAUGCUUCCAAGUUAAAAAAGCACGAAGAAUCACAUGUCAAGCUGGACUACACAGAGGUUAUCUGCUGCGAACCAGGCUGCAUGAAAACUUUUACAGAUGUGGAAUGCCUCAAAGCACAUAACCAAUCCUGCCAUCAACAUGUUCAGUGUGAUGUCUGUGGCACUAAGCAACUAAAGCGGAAUUUUAAGCGCCAUCGCCAAAUGCAUGAAGGCUCCUGCAUUACUGAAAGGGUCAAAUGCCGCUUUGAGGACUGCAAAUGUUCAUUUUCAAAGAAAUCCAAUUUGGAGAAGCAUGUUAAGGCGGUCCACGAGCAGCGCCGACCUUUCGUGUGCCAAUUCUCUGGGUGUGGCAAGAAGUUUUCUUACAAGCAUGUAAGGGACAUCCAUGAGAAGUCUAGUGCUCAUGUGCACACUGAGGGUGAUUUUGUUGAGGCGGAUGAGCAGCGACCGCGUUCAGCAGGGGGGCGGAAGAGGAAACCCGUAUCUGUCGAGACUUUCAUGCGGAAGAGGGUAGCUGCUCCUGAUGAUGCACCUGCUCAUGUUGAUGGAACUGAGUAUCUGAGAUGGCUUCUCUCCGGUUGAUCCGUCCAGGACCCGAAGGGAGAAGAGACGCAAGAUACCGUUGGACGUUCAAGCACACUUUUGUAAAUUGAAAUAUCUGUAAUUUACUUUGCAUGUAUAGGAAGAGGAAAGCAACAUCUUAGGUAUUUAUAUACGGUUUCAGACAUGGUAGGGAUUGUUAGAUCCUCAGUAUAAAUACAAUAUGUGAUACUACAUCUUGAGGUGCAAGCGUAGCAGA